AUGACGGGAUUGUAUCGAUCGUCGAAUACGACGCCAGACGUGAACCGCCUACUACCAACGUCAUCGACACAACCAAACGUACCUAACGGAAACUACGUUCCACGCUUCGACCAACCACCUUUAACCACCUUUUUCGUCGUCCCGGAAGCUGGAGGCAACAUGACAUCCAAUUCGAAGCCAUCUCGAGUAAGGAGGAAGAGUGCCCCAGGAUCCGAGACCGUAAAGCAUCGUCGGACUAGAUCAGGCUGCUUCACAUGUCGUACUCGUCGUGUUAAGUGCGAUGAGACCCAUCCUAUCUGUGAACGUUGUCAAAAAGGUGGAAGGGAAUGCACCUACCCUGAGGUAGUUGCAUCAAAGCUUGCGGGAGGUCAGAGGGGCAAACGCGAGAAACCAUCGACAUCCAGAGAAGGCAGUUCAUCAUUGGAAGAGCUCGAAGAAGAGGACGAAUAUGACGAUUAUCAAGAAGAGGAGCAUAAACCUCCAGCAACCGAACGGCCGAGACUAAAGAGCUCAGCUAGUCACGGUUAUCUAAGAGGACCCCAGCCACGGCGAGACUCGUGGCCCGCUUCAGAGGGUAGACGACCCCAGAUUAGAGGCCGGAAAACUGGCUCCUCAAUAGAUCCAAGUCCGUCACCAAAGGACCAGUACUAUCCUGACUCUUCUGAACCUGCGUCCCCCGCAGAAUCAUCUCUCCACCGGACAGCUUCCCAUAUGAGCCUUGUCAAUUCAGCGGAAUGGGCACAUCUUCCUCACGAUGUGGCCUUCUAUCUUAAUUACCAUCGAAAGAUGCUCAGCUGCCAUCAUUACCUAUUAAAGUCAGAUGGUGAAUUUUUCUUCAGAACGACUUUGCUUGAAUACGCCAUCAACAACGAAGCACUUUUAUAUGCAGUCGCAGCAUUCUCAUCGUUUCAUUAUAGUGUACAUCACAAGACUGGAGUAUUUCAAACCUUUUUGGAGUACUAUAAUAAGUCUGUGGGGUUGCUUCGGGUCUCCCUGGACCAGGAACCCACUUUAUCCACUUUAAUAACCAUUUUGCAGCUUGCAAGCUUCGAGGAAUACCUUGGUGACUGGAUGAACCUUAUGGAACAUCGUAAUGCAGCCUCGAAGAUUCUUACCAGUCUCUGGACCCCCCAGAGCAUGUCUGAAACAUCACAGAGGCGAAUGGUUUACAACUGGUUCUCUCAUUUCGAUGUUUUGGUAGCAAUGAUGGCCGGACAUCAAACAACAGUAGGAAGUGAAUGGUCUGAUGAGAACCGCAGAGCAGUUCGUCGAGCUGCCGAGGCAAGUCCGGACAACCUGGGCUUAAAAGUCGACAAUGCAUCUUGUGAAUUUCGAGACCUAGCCAUGGAGAUAUCGAUAUUGACCGCGAGGCGAUCCCAACAUCAGAUGACAAUUGAGGAGUUUUUGAAAGAAUCUCAAAGGUUAUUACAGGCUUGUUCCGAUUGGUGGAAUGGACUAGAUCCAGUGAUAUUGGAUGGAGCGGAGGAAGUUGCUAGGUUAACUGGAGGGAAUCCGGAAGAUGCCUGCCCUUUCAAGCCAGCAAAGGUGUAUAAAGGCGCACGUUGGGCAGUCAAUUUUUUGCAAUGCGACUACUAUGGCCUGAUUAUUAUGCUAAAGCACCAGAUCACGCUCACGAGUGGACUGCCUCCAGAGAAGGAUUUAUCAGAGUUGGCAAUGUCGAUAUGUAAUUUGUUGGCUGGUAUUGAGGCAUAUCCUGAUUCGCCUUCUGGCGCCUUGUUGGCAGCACAGGCCCCGUUAGGGCUCUCAGCACUCUGGAUACCCAACAACAAAAGGUAUCGUCGGUGGAUUCAGAAGCAAUUGGCGAAGAUUGAACAGAUGGGUUUUGUUUAUCCUUUAGCAUUUCGCUCCCGGAUGGCUGAUAUCUGGAACGACCCACAAUUAAAACACACAUGGAUAUCGAAUAAUACGGAGACGGCCAUUGGAAUGUCCAUACGCCAAUUGGUAGACAUGCGGGACGCAGAGUUCCCCAAAGACGCGGCUCGACAUGACCUUAAAGAGAUGCGAGCCCUAAUGACGGAGAUGAGGCUGGACUCAAAAGGAUCUGAUCCAGACCAAUAUUUCCCUGUGAUGCAAGAGGGAUCCGAGAAUGAAUGGGCAUAA